AUGUCAGAAAUUAAUCAAUUAAUUCAAACAGCUCGUUUAAAUUUUGUUGACAGUCAAUUUAGUAAUUGGUUAAAUGUUAAUAAAUAUUUUAAUUUACUUAAGAAUGCAGACUUGUCACUAACCGAAGAUGUUUAUCGUGCUUAUGCAGCAAUAAUUGAUGCUUUAUUGUUACACCAUUUGGACGAAUCUUGUCAAAAAAAUUUUCUCAAUACAAAAAAGAUUGCUAAUUUAAUAUUACAGUCAGUUUUUUUUUGGAAAAAUUCUGUCAUAUCUACCAGAAACCGAUUCGGACAAUUUAUAUGUCAUUCGAAAGAGCUCCUCGAACUGAGUCGUUGA